CUCGCAGGCGACGAUGCACUUCGGCCACCUAACCAAGUUGAGCUAGUUAUCAACGAGGGAAAAACAAAGUCUGUGUGUAUCGCGCGAAGGAUGCUGCACGUUUGCUUCCAGCACUCCAGUGUAAAUACACCCCGGCAGCAAAAAAAAUCUGCUUGCGAUCCGCGCCUUGCGUGUGAGAGCUAAUCAGGCCGCUUCCGGUGUAGUUUUUCGGCACUCCUGCAUAAAUUUUUUUUCUUUCUCCCCGAAGGGUGUGUGGGACGCAGAAAAGAGGAGAACGAAUCGCUGGUGGAUGCCGGUUUUUGGACACCGUGUCGCGGGACAAGGUGCUGGUCGUGGUGUCAAUGUGCAAGCGGACGUGGAUUCCCGGACAACCUUUCAACUCAAGAGUGGUGUCCCUUCACAGUGAUUCCCCUUGUUUUUCUGUGUCGUCUUAUUGACAAGGCAGACUUCAGCUGGGCACGGGACGGGUGCAUUUUCUGCAAGUUCAUGUUUCGUCUCGAGCACCAGUCCUUUGUGAGGUCCAGCGAACCCACCGUCUUGUGGAAUACUUCCCGGUGGACAGGCUUCUGUGUUUUGCCAGUUCUUCGUACUUUUGAGGCACGGCACCACUCAAGUCGGCCAACUGUAAGAUGUGGUUUCUGUCUGGGUCAGUUUCUGCUUUCCGACACCCCAAACUGACCGAGUGAAACCCUCUUCAUAUACAUCCUGUCCGCUGUGUGCCACGGCGUGUUGGUGGAAGCUGUCAUCUUUCGCGUUGCGCUAAUCGUGCACACCAGCGAGUCUUUUCAGGCAUCGCUUCUCAGAAUGAACCCUCAGACCACUGGAAGGCUGCUGGCUGGCUGCACUAUUGGAGUGUCCGCCUACUGCCUCUGUUGGCUCUUCCUUCCACCGUUCUAUAAGGAGACUCGGGCGAUCCAGCUGUUGUUCCCCUCCCCGUUCUACUUGCUUUACCUUGGAGCAUCCGGCGUCCUGUUUCUGAUUCUGGGUUCGCUUUGUGUAGGAGGCAUUUUGAUGCUGCGCUACGACGACCCACGUCUAUCGAAGAAAACGAAAGAGUCGUCUUCCCGUUGCGUGUCCACUUCCCUCCCGCCUUCUCCUCACACAGAUAUUCUGCGCUAUCUGGCCAUUCAGCGUGGCUGGGUGCCCCCGGACAUGAUCCUUUUCUGAAAGCCAGCUUUGAAACUUGGCCG